GGUAAAACACUUCCUAGAGUCGUAAAUCAUCUUCUUGCAAUCUGCUCUGUAAUAAUUUUCUAUAAUCUACAUGAGUGAGUUGAUUAACGGGAUCUAUCUGGAAGGUGCCCUAAUAGGGCAAGGAGCAUUUGGUCAAAUCUUCCUUGGCCAGAAUGUGCAGACCAAGCAAUCUGUAGCCAUAAAGAAGGAGAUGGCCAAUUGUAAAAGCCCUCAACUCGCCUAUGAAGCUAAAGUAUACAAAUACCUCGAAGGUGGAAUGGGGAUUCCUCGGGUGUUCUUUCAACAAGAUUCCCGAACCUAUAACAUAAUGGUGAUGGAUCUGCUGGGCCCAAGCCUAGAGGACAUGUUCAAUUACUGUUAUAGACGAUUUUCCGAAAAGACAGUCCUAAUGCUGGGAAUUGAGUUGCUCACCCGUCUGGAGUUUAUUCACCACCGAAAUUUUAUUCACCGCGAUAUCAAACCCGACAAUUUUGUUCUAGGACUGGGAGAGAGAGCGAAUGUGGUUUAUGUUAUUGAUUUUGGUUUAUCCAAACGGUAUCGAACACCCGGAACAAAGGAGCACAUUCCAUAUCGAGAGAACAAGAGUUUAACAGGCACUCCUCGCUAUGCAUCGAUCAACAAUCAUUUAGGAAGAGAGCAAAGUCGGCGUGAUGACUUGGAGUCUCUUGGAUAUGUUCUGAUUUACUUCUUGAAGGGCCGUCUCCCAUGGCAAGGCCUUCCAGCCACCGCGAAACAAAAGAAAUACGAGUUGAUAAAGCGUUCGAAAAUGGCAACAUCUCUUGAGUCGCUCUGCGAAGGAAUUCCGCCUCAGUUCAUUGAUUACAUGAAAUACUGUCGAAAUCUGAAGUUCGAUCAAGUUCCUAACUAUCGCUAUCUACGUCGACUUUUCAAAACUGCUCUGGAUGAACGAGUUGGCUCUUUCCACUCCCGAUUCCCUUUGUAG